AUGAGUUAUAUGUUCGUCCAAAUGAUAUACGGCAUAUCGACAAACAGUUUAGGCCUGAUAUCAGAUUCAAUACAUAUGUUUUUUGAUUGUAUGGCAUUGGGCGUGGGAUUGUUCGCUGCUAUAAUGAGUAAAUGGCCAGCGAAUAACAAGUUUACAUAUGGAUAUGAACGUGUCGAGACAUUGUCGGGUUUCAUAAAUGGAAUAUUUCUUGUUUUGAUCUCGGUGUUUAUUUUAUUUGAGGCUAUCCAAAGACUCUUUAAUCCACCAGAGAUGAAUACCGACAGACUACUUUUAGAGCACUGGCAUGAACAUCAUCAGCAUCCUCACCAACACGAACACGGCGAUAAUGCUAAUCUUGAAGGCAUCUAUCUUCACGUUCUCGCCGAUGCCCUGGGAUCAAUCGGAGUAAUUGUCUCUACGAUACUCAUUGAACAUUUUGGCUGGACUGGAUUUGAUCCUAUUGCAUCCAUUUUCAUCGCUGGUCUCAUAUUCAUGAGCGUUAUCCCUCUAUUGAGACAUUCUACUGGUGUGCUUAUGCUUAUUAUCUCUGAUGAUAUGAUAGGAAACAUUGAUAUUGCUCUUCAGGAGGUUCUGCAUGUUUCUGGAGUGACAUCAUAUUCGCUUGCCAAAUUCUGGCCCAGCGACGGUGAAUGCUUUGCCGGUAAUGUCCACGUGCAGGCCACUGCAGAUGCCGACACUCAGGACAUUGCGAGCGAGGUGACGAGGAUUCUUAAAUCGCAUAUUAAUGGAUUGAACGACUUGGCCGUUCAGAUUGAAAAAGCAAAUGGAUUCGAGUCAUGUUUCUGUGUAGUAAUAAGUGAUAUGGUGGGUGGUAUAGAGUUUGAUAGGGUGAAAGCCAACUGA